AAAGAAAAGAACGAACCACAGCCGGGACGUGUCUGAAUGGGAAAAUCCUCUGGUUAUGAAAGUAACAGGAAAAUAGGAGCACCGAAAGCCAGAUUGUUGACACCACCGCGUAUCCAAAGUGGCAUUGUUCCCGUUUCUACGCGACAAUGUAUCUGCUCUCCAACCUAGACGUAUUCCAAUUCCCGGCCUCGGCUGGAGAGCCAGUCUACGUCCUCGACUUGCACACAAUACUAUCUGGUCUGACGGCAAUUUCUUCCGACCAAAGCCUGAGCCUGUUCGACCUGUCUUCCCUGAGCAAGGGCCCUGUUCGCUCCUUCAAGACCUCACACGGCAACCUAACUGUUGCCCGACCUUUUGACCUUUCUCAGUCGGCCGUCUGCACAGCUGGGUCUGAUGGGUCCGUAGCCAUAUGGGACCUGAGGGCAGCUGGUGUCAACCCCGCCCAAGCCACCAGACAGAUAGGCUCCGUCCAUGCAAGCAUCGCAUCACUGGCCUGCGCCCCGGGAGUAAACGUAGUGUGCGCCGGAACAGAGCACGUCGAUAAUCAGGCAUCACUGGUAUUCUGGGACGUUCGUCGUGCAUCAGAACCGGUGAUCCAGUACAACGAGGUGCACAGUGACGAUAUAACCGAGUUGAAUUUUCAUCCGACCGACACCAACCUGCUUCUCUCGGGCUCGACGGACGGCCUCGUAAAUGUCUAUGAUUUGAAAAUUACGGACGAGGACGAGGUGGUCAUACAGACCUUCAACCACGACGCAUCGAUCCACCACUCGGGUUUCCUGAACCAGAGCGAGCUGUUCGCGCUGUCUCACGAUGAGAAGUUUGCCCUUUAUGACCUGGCAGAGGAGCAAGAAAAGGGGUCUGCAACAGCCAACUUCGGCGACACGAGAGAGACUCUUGGCUGCCAGUACAUUGCCAAUGUUCUCCCCAAGUCAGUAGCGGAUGGUCCAGCAGCGGCCGUGAUCGGUGCUGGAACCCUUGAUCAACAAAAGUUCGAACUGGUCCAUCUAUCCAAGGGUGCAGCUAGUUGGGGAUUCGACAGUAGCUCCCUCGUCGGCCUGCCAGGGGCCCACGGCUCCGAGGUUGUUCGGUCGUUCCGAGUGUUGGACCGGGAGCGAGUGGUUCUCACAGCUGGAGAGGACGGCCAAAUCAAGACAUGGGGAGCACAGGGUCCAUGAUUGCAGUAGCUGAUGAGGGUCUGGGCGGAAGUUGGGAUAUUGACAACUAUUGUCGUGUUUCUGAGCAGGCCAAUGCGUAGGGAGGUAGGCCGCGGCAUGGCAAGGGGGGGGAUGGCGGAGUCAAGAUGCCAGUUUUGAGGACGCGACCGCGGACAUCAAAAACCCGUCCGGCCACUGACCGGCACACGUAAUAUCCCUCUAGCCAUACUUGUCGUGCUUGUUCUUGACUUUGAAGUCCAGGAGCUGUUCGUGAUAAUCGCCUUCUCUCCUGGCGCGCUUCAGCACCUUGACCUCGUCAUCUUCCAACCGCCUCCCCACGGCCUCCUCCAGCUCCUUCCGGCUGAUCUUCUCGCGAGCCUUCUCCUCCUUGGAGACCUUUAUGCGGGGCUUGAAGCGAGCCUGCAUACGGAUGCGCAGUGUUGUCUCGAACGAGAUGUCGGAGCCGUCGCCCCGGACCUCGGGGCCAGCUUUGGCAGAUGCGCUCUGCUUAACGACCACAAAGGUGUCGCGCAGCGUCUGGACCUGGA